AGCGACAUGACUGCCGCCGGCCCCGGAGGAAGGCUUUUGACUCUGCCGGCGGCAGCCCCACCAAAGUCGGCGUCACGUUCGCUACAGCCAGCAGCUCCCAUCCGAGGGAAGCCUAAAAAAUGUGUGGUCUAUCCGCACCCACCGAAGAGCUCCCGCCUGUCUCCGUCGGUUCUGCGCUGGCUGCAGGGCCUGGAUCUCACCUUCUUCCCCAGGAACGUCAACAGGGAUUUUUCAAAUGGCUUCCUGAUUGCAGAAAUAUUCACUGUAUAUUACCCCAGGGACCUUAAAUUGACAUCCUUUCAAAAUGGAACUUCUCUGAAAGUCAAGUUGGCUAACUGGGCACAGUUGGAGAAGUUCCUGGCAAGAAAAAGACUUAAAUUACCUAAGGAGCUAAUCCAUGGAACAAUUCACUGCAAAGUCGGAGUACCUGAAAUAUUAGUACAAGAGAUUUAUACUUUGUUAACACAUAGAGAAAUUAAAAGCAUCCGGGAUGACCUUGUGAAUUUCACAGACUACAGUUACCAGAUGCGUUUGCCGCUGGUUCCUAGGUCUACAGCUUCAAGGGUGAUUAAAGAUAACAUUAGGUUAUCAGAGAUAAAAAGCAAUCCCAACAUACUCACCAAUGAACUUAAAGCAGAGUUCCUCUGCCUGUUACAAAUGAUGCAAAGAAAAUUAAGCAGAAAACUGAAUCCAAAAUGGUUUGAAGUCAAACCAACAGUGGGAGAAUUUACUCUUGAUCACCUUCCUACCCACAUCUCUGAGCGCAAACGUAAUUCUCCUAUUUCAAGGAAAGAAGCAGCUCCUGUCUUACGAAGAGAUCUUCAGACUACCAAGAGCUGCUUUUCACAUUUGGGCCUGCGGCCUGCACAGAAAUGAACUUGACCGCCCGGCCGUGUGCCUCCCUGCUCCCCGGUCUGCUCCAGGUGGGGGCCCCACAUGUAAGCAGGGCCUCCUCUGAGGCCAGGAAGAGGAGGGAAGAGAAAGCUUUGUUCCUCUCAACCUCUGCCCACAUGAAGGGCACUCCGAAAACCGCUAACCCCACACUCAGCACUGUGAGGGGUCAGGUACCCUACUGCUCAGCAAACUGGUCAACUUGGAAACGCUGUGCGGGGAAGGCGCUGUGGAUCUUCUUUUUGAUUCUAACAACUUUUAAGUCCAAUGGCUAACGGUCAGCAAGCUGUUAGAAAAUACAGGAGUCCGGCGGGAAGGGUGCUCCCGACUAGAAGACAGUGAGGCACCUGCUACUCACAAUCCUCUUCACUCUGCUUUUUCCUACUGUGGAGACCAGAAAAGCAAAACACUCACUCAGGUUUUUCUCUGCUUUAAAAAAAUUUUUUUUAAUGUA